AUGCUUUACACACACGCAACGAUUAUCACAGUGAACUCCUCGAGGGAGAUAAUUCUCGAUGGAGCUAUUCUAGUCCAAGACAACUUAAUAGCAGCCGUCGACAAGACUGAUGCCUUGACCAAACUGCACCCAUCCGAGGUGGUUGUGAACUUGGAAGGUCGCAUCAUCAUCCCUGGCUUGAUAAGCACUCAUAUGCACACAGCACAAACACUGCUGCGAGGUGCCGCUGAUGACCUCGAACUUGUCUCCUGGCUAUGCGAACGUAUUUGGGUGCUUCAAGGUAACUUUACACACGAAGAUGGGUAUGCAGCUGCCCGCAUUAGCAUCGCUGAAAUGCUCUUGACUGGCACAACAUGUUUCCUCGAGAGUAUGUUUGCCGAUCGGUACGGAUUCGACGGACUCUGUCGUGCUGUAGAAGAGAGCGGUAUCCGCGGCUGCUUAGGCAAGAUCGUCAUGGACAGCGGCAAAUACGCAGGCGAUCCAAAGUGGGCUAUGCAUCCAGGCCUGGUCGAAAACCGUGAGAUGUCCUUACUCGGAGCUCUUGAUAUGCACAAGAAAUGGGAUAAGGCAGCAAACGACCGGAUUCGAGUCUGGUUUGGUGCCAGAACACCUGGCGGAGUUUCGGACGCCCUGUACAAGGAAAUGACAUCCAUCUCGAAAACCCAAGGAAUCCCAAUCACUAUGCACUGCGCCGAAGUUGCCGCCGACCGCGCCUUCUUCAAAACGCUCUCGCACACACCGAUGUCGUACUGCGACUCAGUAGGACUCCUAGGUCCCAACACUGUCCUCGUUCACAUGGUCCACUUAGAUGAUUCCGAUAUAGCAAAGCUCGCUGAGACCAAAACUCAUGUCGCUCACUGCCCGACCUCGAACUCGAAGCUUGCUUCUGGCAUCUGUCGAGUCCCUGAGUUGCUGGACUCUGGCGUGAACGUGGGCUUGGGAACCGAUGGCGCACCAUGCAAUAACACGAAUGAUCUGCUGCAAGAGAUGAAGUUGGCGGGUAUUAUUCACAAAGCGAAGAGUUAUGAUCCUACGCUCGUUCCGGCGGAAACCGUGAUGGAGAUGGCUACUAUCAACGGUGCUAAAGCCUUGGGAUUGGAUGAUUCGAUUGGGAGUCUGGAGGUAGGCAAGAAGGCGGACUUUGUGGCUAUCGAUAUGAGGUAUGUGCAUCUGCAGCCGUACUAUUCGCCGGUCAGUGCGGUGGUCUAUUGUGCGACAGGGAAAGAUGUCGACAUGGUUGUUGUGGAUGGGAAGAUUGUGGUGAAAAGUGGGAAGUUGACGACAAUGGAUGAGGAGGAGGUGUGGAAGGAGGGGGAGAAGAGAGGGCAUGAGGUUGUGAAGAGAGCAAGGCUCACGGAAAAGGUUAAGGGGAGGUGGCCCAUCCGAUGA